GUCUGGAAUUCCCUUGGGGGCCCAAGCCCUUCAGUGAAGUCAUUGCCGGACCUUUGCUCAGAAAUAACGGCCAGUCACUGGACAGCAGCUGCCUGGAAGGGUCCCACGUGGGAGUUUACUUCUCUGCCCAUUGGUGCCCGCCUUGCCGAAGUCUCACCCGAGUCCUGGUGGAGUCUUACCGGAAGAUCAAGGAGUCGGGACAGAAAUUUGAGAUUAUUUUUGUUAGCGCUGACAGGUCAGAGGACUCCUUCAAACAGUAUUUCAGCGAAAUGCCCUGGCUUGCUGUCCCCUACACUGAUGAAGCCCGGAGGUCACGUCUCAACCGACUGUAUGGAAUCCAAGGUAGGAGGAGAUACGAGCCCCCUUCCCAGAGUCUUGUCCUCGUGUGUAUUCUUCAUCCUGGGCAACACCGUUCCACCAUCAUGCUCAUGUGUACCAAGUUAUUUUACCAG